AUGCACGCUUCCGAGGGAGAACUGCUGCCUUCCGGCCUUUUCCCCUUUUCAAGAUGCUCACAGCUCUGGCCCGUUGGCUCCCCCAGGAGUGACAGUGACAUGCAUCGUGUUGUCAAGUUGUAG